AUGGAUGAAGCCAGCGGAUGCAUGAAGGGUUUUUGUCUGCAUUCCAAGUCAGAGAGCGAAGAGAGCAUCAAGAAGUACAUCACGAUGAUACAGACGCAGUUCAACAAGAAGGUCAAAUUUGUGCGACACGAUGGAGCCCGCGAGUUUGCGACGAAAUCGCUCCAAGAUUUCUACGAAGUCGAAGGCAUCGAGCAACAAACCACGGUGCCAUACGCACAUCAAGCCAAUGGAACUGCUGAACGCGCGAUUCGAACUAUCGUCACCAUCGGUCGUAGCAUGCUCCAUCAUGCCAAGUUGGACAAGUGCUUCUGGGCUGAAGCGGCAAUGACGGCCGUCUAUGUGUAG